CCCUUCGUUCAAUUUUGCUGAAAUAUUAGUAUAGAUUACAUUAAUAUGAAAAUUAUCUGUUUUAUAAUACCGGCUGCUUGAUAUUAUGCUUUUCUCUGCAGAUAACGGCACCUUCGUUUUACCCGCCAGAAUCCACACGUUCUUCGACAUCACCAAUACUCGCACAUACGUACUCAUGUAUCUCUAUGUAUGCCCGAUGUUCUACAGCUCCGUCUGCCACAUGGCGGCGAUUUGCGUGUUGGUUAUUUUAGUGUUUCAUAUCUGCGGCGAAUUGUCCAUUCUUUCGCAUCGUAUCAAAAACGUACAAGUGUACUCGCGAGAUGUGUUGGCGGCCAGAAUUCGCGGCUUCGUCCGGAUGCAUCUCAAGAUAAUAUGGAUGGCGAAAUCCGUGGACGAAAUCUUCAACAUGGUUCUUAUGGAUGAGCUGUUUGGCAAUAGCGUUAUACUGGCUAUCUCGAUGUAUUAUGUCUUGAUGAACUUGGAAAUCUCGCAGCUAGCGACCUGCUGCACCUUUAUAUUUUUCGCCGCGAUCGCGCUCGUCAUGCUCUUCGGAUACUGCUUGAUCGGCGAACAACUGACUCAACAGUGCAUAAGCGUGCAGAAUGCGUACUACCAAUGCAACUGGUACGACAUGCCAUUUAGCUGCAAGAAGUCUCUCUUAAUAUGUAUGAUUCGUGGCCAGGUUAUGCUCUAUCUAAUGGCCGGAAGAUUUUACAUAUUCUCCUUGAACGGUUUUACGGAUGUUAUCAAAACCUCCCUGGCGUACUUGUCGAUGCUGCGCACUCUGUUGUAAAGCACGAUUGCUGGAUUCAUGAUUCUGAAGGAUGUACGAUAUUGAGCGAAUAUUACAAAUAGAAACACACUUAGAAACCGCCCUAAAUCCGUAUGUUAAUUGGCGUAAUUCGCGGCUAUAAGUCGGAACUCUGGUUUCGGUGAAUGCACUAUAUCGCAAAUCAUAAACGCCACUUUUAUCGAGGGCACAAAAUACCAGCACAGUUCGGGAUGCUUUACGAUGAAGCCAGCAGGGAGAUCGUACGGAGGUUCGUAUCGAAGAACGUAGGAUGCACACGGAGAGAUCGUCGUCCAAACUAGUUAUUUUCGUUGUCGCAAAAAAAGUGAGCGACGACCGCUUUGGAUACACACACGACGAUUGUAACCAAUCGGAGAAGCAAGAGGAAUCUCUAUCGGAUGUUCGCUGAUAUCGCGUCUCCGCUUGAUUCUUAAUAGGAACAAACUCCUUUCUUGAAAAAGGUGGACAAAUAAAAAUGGCAGUACAAUCGAGCGAACAAUUUCUCGCAAGGUAGAACAAGCCCGCUCAGAUUGGAGUUGACCACGUGGCUGAGCGGUAUCGGUCGACAAUUUGUUCCAUUACAUAAUUAUUAUUCCGAGAUUAUAAUCAGAGUCGUGACUGCACGGUGUUUUUCGCAAUAAAAGUUUAUAAAGCGCGCCUGAAUUUUUUGCGGCCAAAUUAUUCCUGGAAACGGCGAUUCGUAGUGUAAUGAUGACAAAUCGGAGUAGACGACGAGGACGACGCCGCGAAAUUGCGAGCGCAGGUGUGUCGAGUAACACGUUCAUAUGCGAUUCGUACGUACGUCAAUUUUCAGCGCAAUUAUCGCCGUAGUUUUCCCAAUUCUAUAGACAGCUCGAAGAACAUUUACACCCCUCGUACGUUCAAUGCAGUUUCGUGCGAGCCCUCGAGGGAACAACAGCAGCGUAAGUUAUUUUUAUCGCGACCCGUGCAUAGGAAGAGAUCAAUUCACAUUCCUAUUUGUAUAAACAAAAAUAUAUAAUUUUAUUGGAAGAUAAGCAGACAGAAAUAAGUUCUAUAUGAUUCCACAAUAGAAAUAUAAUAUUGCUAUUAUUCAAGAGCAAUUUUUAUGAAUUAA